AUGUUCAACUCAUUCCAAACAUGGUUACAGGCUGUCCAAGUGAGGAGGCAGAACCCCAAGGCUUGCACCUCUGAGCUCUUCAUCCUCCUGCAUGGCAUGCUAUUCACAACCAUCCAACUGGAUGGCUUCAAGCAUGCCCUUGCCCACUUUAUUGAGCACCUCAAGAUCAAAGGUGCAGAGGAGCGUGUCUGGAUUGUGAUCACCACCAUCAACAUCUCCACCAUGCUCAAGUACAGACAGCUGGGCAGGAUACUGAGGAAGGCUGCAGCUAUAGUGCAUGUCAUAGCAAAGAAGGCUGUGGCUGGUGUUCUGGGCUUAAUGCCUGUUAGUGUUGAUGAGAAUGGUGACAGCAUCAUGAAAUCACUGGUUCUCCUGAGCAUGUACUCAGAGAGCCUCAAUACUGACAUCCUUUCUGCUUUUAAGCUCACACUUGCUGUUCAAUGUGACUACAAUAGAAGUGGUUGUGGCAGCAGGUGCAAGUGA